AUGAGGAAUCCGCCUCUGCACAAGGGCAUGAGGAUCAUGUGUCCAGCCGCCGCGUGUGGCAAGAGACGCGAGUCAGCAGAUUCUUCGUAUGCUUCCACCUCUCCAAGAGGCAAUUUUGCGCCUCAAUCAUUUAGUCUCUUAGUGAGCGCCCCCAUCGUUGGUCCAGCCGAGCCUCAGCGACAGGCUGCGUUGUUGAAAGCACCGGGGGACAUGUUCACAAGCAUCAUUCACAAUGAUCCAAAAUUAUCACAAGUCCAAAAGCUUCAGUAUCUCAUGUCAUAUGUUGAAGAUGAUGCAGAACGAAUGAUAUCCACUCUCUCAGUCACUGAGGAAAAUUACGAGGCUGCAUGGAAUAUUCUGGUAAAGCAUUAUGAUGAUAAAUUUACAGUGAUUCACAGUCAAAUUGAUCGUUUUUGCAAAAUUCCAAUUGUGACCACUGCCACAGCUGCUUCAAUCACAGGACUUUAUUCCACAGCCAGUUCAGUCCUCAAUUCACUUGAUGCCCUUGAUGUUAAAAAUCGUGAUCCUUGGAUUAUUUAUUUCCUGCUUUCUAAACUAGACCAAGAAACUAAGGGACUCUGGGCUCAAGAUUCCGCCAAUAAAAUGCCCACUUGUAAUGACUUUAUGUCUUUUCUCGAUAAAAGGGUGCGAGCUCUACGUUCUAAUACCUCAAGAACUACCCCAACUCCAUCUAUUAUACCGGCAACACCGGCUACUAGCCCACAAGUUGCUUCUAUAGUACAGGAAACCCAAUCCACGGGUCCAUGCACAGCCAAUAGUGCUACUAAUUCAACAACGCCAAUUACAUUGGCCAAUGCCUCUGCUAUAAAUUCCAUUUCCGGGAUCUCUCACAUUCCCAAAAAGGUUUUCUUAGAGACUGCAAUAGUGCAUGUUCUCGAUCGAAAUGGCGUGCCUACUCAGUGCCGGGCACUUUUGGAUUCAGGUGCUCAGGUUAACCUAAUCUCUCAGUCUCUCUAUCAGCGUCUGAAAUUACCAAGGACUAUAUCUAAUAUUUUCAUUGGGAGUGUCGUCCAGGGAGGUUCUCGUUCCAAAUAUCAAACUGAGUGCAAUGUACAUUCUUUGGUGGACAAUGUGAAUUUCACUAUGUCUUGCCAGAUUGUGUCUUCAGUACUUGAGCAGAAGAUUCCAAAUUGGGAAAUACAUGAAGCCCAACUCAAAAUUCCAUCGGGCUAUAAAUUAGCUGACCCAACCUGGUUUGUCUCUCAGCCCAUUGAUUUGCUUAUCAGCAAUGAAUUCUAUAAUGACCUAAUUUCUGGUUCAGUUAUCAAACUAGGCACUGGGCUGCCAGUUCUGAAGGAGUCCUGCCUAGGCUGGGUAAUUUCUGGUCCAUAUCAACCAGAACCAAAUCCCAUAACAUGUUCAGUUGUUGCUACAACACUUGCUUCCAUUGAUGUUACUUUGAAAAAAUUCUGGGCUUCGGAAGAAAUCGAACCACCUCGCCAUUCCAAUUCUGACCAUUUAAAGGUGGAAGAAAUUUUCCGAGAAACCACAAUUCGCGACGCCACUGGUCGUUAUGUUACACAUAUCCCAUUUAAGCCCAAUCUCACUCGACUUGGCACUAAUUUGCCAAAUGCCACAAAGCAAUUUUUGGCGUUGGAAGCUAAGCUCCAGAGGAACCCCACCCUCAAAGCCAAUUACGACAAAGCGAUGUCGGAGAAUUUUACUCUUCAAUUUUUCGAAAAGGUUCCAGAUGAAGAAUUGAAUCGACCCUCUUAUUAUUUACCCCACCACGCCGUGGUAAAGACCACUGAAAAUUCCACCAAAACAAGAGUUGUCAUGAACGCCAGUUCAAAAAGCCAAACAGGACUCAGUCUUAAUGAUGUUGCCAUGAUGGGCCCCACAGUCCAACCUGAUAUUGUCGAAAUCCUUCUACGAUUUCGAAUAAAUGAGUUCGCCUUUACAUGUGACAUUGAAAAGAUGUAUCCUCAAAUUCUUAUCCAUCCCCCUCACCGUGAUUAUCACAGAAUUUUGUGGAGAUUUCAUCCAGAUCAUCCCAUAACACAUUAUCGUGCCAGAGGAGUUUGUUUUGGUGUUACAUCAUCCCCAUUUUUAGCCACUAGGGUCUUGAAUGAUCUGUCUGAGCAAGGAAAAUUCACUCAUCCAUUGGCCAGUCAUCUGCUCACGCACAAUUUUUAUGUGGAUGAUUGUUUGGUAUCUGUGCCAUCAGUCGAACACGCCCGCCAGUCGAUUGAAGAACUACAAAAUCUUUUAUCAAGUGCUGGUAUGAAAUUGGCCAAAUGGAAUGCUAAUGAUCCUAGUAUUGUAGCCUCAUCAUCUCUCAGUUCUGACCAAAGUUCAGCUCACACAAACUCAUCAGCUCUUGGCAUGACGUGGCACUCAACUACUGACCGCUUUCAUUAUAAACUAUCACUCGACUUUACCUUAGCUCGCACAAAAAGGGACAUUCUUGCUUGUGUUGCGUCGCUGUAUGACCCAUUAGGUUUAAUAGGUCCUAUUGUUUUACGCGGAAAAUUAAUCCUCCAAGUAAUGUGGAAACAUGAGUUAGGAUGGGAUCAACCCAUCCCCGAUCACAUCCUUGUGGAAUGGAUGCGUUACUCCAAAGCUCUGCCCGCUAUUAAAGCCCUGACCAUUCCACGUUGGAUAUCCAAUAUGUCUGGGUCGAUACUAAGGGAAGUUCACAUAUUCACAGAUGCCAGUUCAUAUGCAUACGGCGCUGUAGCAUAUGCUGUCACUGAAAACCUCCAAGGUCACUUAAUGUCCCAAAUUAUUAUGGCUAAAUCCAAAAUUGCUCCCACCGAUCCCCCCACUAUACCACGCCUAGAGCUUUGUGCGGCUCUACUUGGAGCUCGUCUCCUUAAUAAGAUUCGUAAAUCCAUAAACACUACUGAAUAUUUUAUGUGGACUGACUCUACUAUUGUGUUAGGUCAAAUUCGGUCCAAGCGCACUAAACUUGAUUCUUACAUUCUCAGUAGAAUUACUGAAAUUCAAUCAUUGACACAUGUCCACAAAUGGAGCCAUGUCCCAACUGAUAUAAAUCCAGCUGAUAUAAUUUCACGUGGCAUGCUCCCACUUGAGUUGAUAAACGAUACAUUGUGGUGGAAUGGCCCACAGUUUGUCACACAAACUAUUAAUCUAUGGCCACUGGAUCCAACCAGAAAUCUUCCGGAACCAUUAGCAAUGGUGGCUGUUCCGCGUAAAAGAAAUAUCCAUCCUAUUGAGUUGAUCCUUUCUCGAUCCAAUAAAUUCCGUAAAGUCACGCGCAUCCUUGCCUAUGUCUUGCGCAUAUUUUCCAAAACCAAAACCACCGUACCCUUAACCCCAGUCGAUUUAGAUCAUGCCGAGAAAAGGCUCAUCUCCUUCGCCCAAGACACGUACCUUCACGGGGCAAAGCUUGCUAUCCAGAAAGGAAACUUGACAUCUACUCGAGCUUUCCGUCAUCUAUGGCCACUCAGUCUGUUUGUGGAUCAUCAAGGUUUAAUACGUGUCGGAGGAAGGUUGAAGAACUCUUCAGAGGGAUAUGACAUUCGUCACCCAAUUUUGCUACCCAAAUGCAAUCUGUCCUACAUGAUUGCCACACAACUUCACCAAGAUCAUCAACAUAUUGGGCCUCAACUGCUGCUAGCUACGUUGAGACAAAGAUAUUGGCCUCUAGGCUCUCGGGAUCUCACCAGAAAAGUGUGCAGAACAUGUAUUACAUGUUUUCGGCACAAGCCUACUCUCCUCAACCAGCUGAUGGGGAAUCUACCACUAGACCGGUUGACUCUCAGUACUCCAUUUGCUGCUUGUGCUGUUGACUUCUGUGGACCUGUUUUAACCAGACCCGCCUACAAACGCGGAGGUGCUUCCUACAAAACCUAUAUAUGUGCCUUCGUUUGCUUUGCCACCAAGGCCAUUCAUUUGGAAGUAGUGGGUGAUCUUACCACCAAUUCAUUUAUUGCCGCUCUUAGGAGGUUCAUAUCUCGUCGCUCUACUCCAUCGCACAUUUAUUGCGAUAAUGCCACUAAUUUCCGUGGAGCUGACGCACUUCUAAAAAAUCUGCUUAAUCAACUAAAAUCAGAGUCUAGUUUCCAUGAUGAAUGUACCACCAAAGGCAUAACGUUCCAUUUUAUGCCACCACGAUCUCCGCAUCAUGGAGGUCUCCAUGAAGCCGCCAUUAAAUCUUUGAAGUUUCAUUUACGGAGAGAAAUAGGAUCCACCAUCCUAACCUUUGAGGAACUCUCCACGGUGAUCUGCCAAGUGGAAGCUAUUUUAAAUAGCCGACCUUUAACACCGCUGCCAGAAGACCCCAAUGAGCCUGCAGCUUUGACUCCCGGUCAUUUCCUUGUUGGAAAGCCAUUGAAUAUGCUUCCUGAGAUCAAUCUCACCACCGUUUCACCUCACUCUCUUACCAGAUGGCAACUAUGUCAAAAACUACUGCAACACUUCGCAUCUAGGUGGAGAAGAGAGUACAUACAUACACUACAGCCCAAAAAGAAGUGGUACACGUCUCAGGAUAACAUCAAGCCAGGUGAUCUUGUCCUCCUACAAGAGGAUCAGGCUACUCCCAGUCACUGGCCUAUGGGAAUCGUGGAAGCCACACAUACUGGAGAGGACGGAAAAUGUCGUGUUGUUACCAUACGCACUACAAAGGGUACCUACCAACGGGCCAUUCAACGUAUUGCUUUACUACCAAUAGAGGGAUUACCACCCUCGGAACCCGGCCCCGGAGCAAUGUUGACGCAUCAUUCCCAUCCAUGA